GCAGGGGUGAAGAUCAAGGAUCAUGACAUCAGCCUUUGAGAAAGUGGCCAAGAGUGUGACCCAGGAGGUUGGUGGCAGCAGAAGAGAUCUCAUCCCAGUGGACUCCCUUUGGAAUUCAAUCACCUUCAAGCCCUACUGCCUCCUGAGCAGGAGACUCUCAACCUCAUGGUUCUGGAAACCACGUUAUACAUGUGUCCACCUGUCAAUCAAGGAUAUCCUGGAACCCAGUGCUCCAGAACCAGAACCAGAGUGUACUGACCCCUUCAAAGUCUCUGACUCCGUCGAUGGGAACAUUCAGGGCAGUGUGGCGUUGUCACCCAUGGGAGAAGGGAGAAUUUCCGGUGGGGCUGCAGUGUCUGGCAGUUCCAGUGUCUCCAUGAAAAUGUGUAUACUGAGUGUGAAUCCAAACAUCUGGGAGAUCAUGCGGCGUGAAAGGCACCUGCAACAGCCUGAGAAUAAAAUCCUGCAACAGCUUCGGAGACGUGGGGAUGACGUGUUUGUCAUCACUAAGGUGCUGCAGACAAAGGAAGAGGUGCCGAUCACUGAUAACCGCAGCCGGGAGGGCACAGGCCAGUUUACACUGCCUGUAGCCUCAUGCUUACAGGGUGAAGGCAAGGGCCACCAAAGCCGGAAGAAGAUGGUGACUGUUCCUGCAGGCAGCGUCUUUGCAUUCCAAGUGGCCCAACUGCUCAUUGGCUCUACAUGGGAUAUCCUUCUCAUCUCGGAUGAGAAACAGAGGACCUUUGAGCCCUCCUCAGGUAAAAUCCCUGAGGAAGAAGUUAUCAGGAAAGACUUCCGAGGGCUGUAUGCAGAGGUGAAGGCUGGUGCCUCAGUACUGGCGAGCUUGGAAAUGGAGUUGAGACAACAGCUUCUAGUGGACAUCGGGAGGAUUUUACUGGACCAGCCCAGCCUAGAAGCCUUAGAGACCUCACUACAGCAGGGCCUUUGCAGUGGUGGGCAGGUGGAGCCUCUGGAAGGCCCAGCAGGCUGCAUCCUUCAGCGUCUGCAGCUCAAUUCUGGACAUGUGGUCCGCAGAACUUCGGCCACUAUCUUCUACCUGUUGGGAGCACUGAAUGUGCUGACUGAAACUCAGCGGCAGCUGCUGGCUAAGGCUCUGGAGAUGACUGUACUGUCAAAGCAGCUGGAGUUGGUGGAGCAUGUCUUAAAACAGAGCACCCCAUGGAAGGAAAAGUGCUCUGUGUCCCUGCCCUCCAGGCUCCUUGGGGACAGCUGGCAUGAGGAGGCUCCCACCUGGGUCUUGCUAGAAGAAUGUAGCCUAAGGCUGCAGAUGGAGCCCCCCCAGGUGCACUGGGAACCGACCUCUCAGAGCCCCACAUGUGCACUCUAUGCCUCCCUGGCCCUAUUGUCAUGUCUAGGCCAGAAACCUCAUUAGCCUGCAGGCCUCCCUUCCAGCAACAUCCCCAUGUCCUACCCUCCAGC